UAUUAAAAGAUUUUACACGUGCAAAAAAUAAAAAUAAAUAAUGAUAAUUUUUUUCCUAAUUUUUAAAUUCAUAAAAUUGUUAAAAAAAGAAGUUGGGCUCUUCAUUUUAUUUGUGAAAAUCUCUGUCCCCUGUCUGCCUUCUUUUUUUUUGUUUUUUUUUAAAUUUUCAAUUUUUUCCAAUUACAAAUGAAGAAUAAUAUGCCUAAAAGUGUAAAUAAAUAAAAAUAAUUAUUUUUUUUAUUUUUCGUGUUUAGGUGUUCGAAAUUUUUUUUUUCCGAAAUUUUUAAAGAAAAAAGAAUUUUGGUUAUUUUUGAAAAAAAUAUCUCGAACACCUCUAAAAUGUUGGGGGACAAAUACUUGAGAAGGAAAGUGACAGAAAAGUCUUUCUUGGACUUCUUCAAGGGAUUCUUUUGGUGUUUGAUUGGCUUGUUAAAUGAGGUGACAUUAUAUCCCUUCAAAAGUAUUUGUCCCAACAACAGUAAAAAAUUAGUUUAA